UCUCAUUUUCUCCAUUGAAUUUGUUUUCCAUCCUCUAUUGUGAAAGAAAAUCUAUAUUUGUUCAUCUGUCUGUCAGUUUUAACAUUUCAAUGUCAUAAAAACUCUUCCAGAUACAUGUGUUGCACAUCACUAUUUGCUAUAAACAUUAUGAUCCCUGCAUCAAAUAGCUUUUUUCAGUUUAUCUGUAUCCCUCAAAUAUACCUAUAAAGCUCUCCAGCUCUUAUUUAUUUGCCAGCAGCAUCACAAAUCACUCUCCUGGAGGACGAGUCCUGCUCUCGUUCUUCAUGUCCAUCCCUUCCUCUGCGGUCACAUGACACUUUUGCCUCAGCCACCCUUAUUCCUGCGCCGUCGAGCUUCCGUCCAUGUAAAUCCUUUUACUUUAAGCGCAUGUAAUUCUCUGAAACCUACUUUCCUUUAAGUUCCCUGGACUGAGCUUAUUGCAAAAGCCCUUUGAGUCCAGGUCUGGAUGUUUAGAGAAAUGAGGCUAUUGUUGCACCUUCGCUGCCUGUUUAAGCUGUCUGAUUGGAUAAAUAUCUUCCUGUUUCUCAGCCCCCAACCCUGAUCUUACAGCCACUUCCAGGUUCUUUUUGUGUUGGGUUUCUUGCAGCCCCAGCUCUCAGUGUCUUAAACAUUUCAAGCAAAAUGCCCUCUUUUAAUUGAUUUUCUCUCCAUAAACACAGACAGACUUUGAGAGAGAUCCCAGAACAGAAUGUGCCUUCCACAUGGCCGGAGCGACAUAUCAGUCCAAGAGUGUCACGAUGCCUCUGCCAAGCAAUCUCGCCCAAGUCCUUACCUUUUAUAUCCACUCAGAUCGUAUUACUUUUGGGGUUUUCUGCCUCUCAGAGCAGUGACAGCACCUGCUUUUGCUGCCUCUCCUCUUGAGCCGAUUCCAGAAAGAAACAUGAUGUCCGUUCUUGUUUGUUCUCCGUAGUGAUGUUUCUAGGUACUGUAUCUGGAAAUGGGGAAUUUGUUGGAUUUGUGUGCAUGUGUGUGUUUGUAUGUAUGGGCACAGGCGCUUGCAUGUGCGUGCAUGCAUGUGUGCACACAUCUGUGAGAUUCAUUAUUCCACAAGCGAAGUCUACAGAUGGAAAAUAUGAUUCAGGAGGAUGAUGAUGCCUCUUUGACUCAGCAGGGAGAAGACCAAACAGAAAGAGAGAGGAAAGUGAUGGAGAAAGUAGAAGGGGAAAGAGACAUGAUGAUCCCUAUGGAGGUAGAUGUUUUUGUAUUUCAUCAGCUGGCUCAUCUUGACUUAAGAGUUUGAUUCUGCAGACAUCAGGAGAGUCCCAAGAAUAGACUCGUGCAGCUUGUUUUUAACUUGUUAGAAGGACACUUUGAUUAUUUUCCUGCACAUUCACCAACAAUAACAUCAUUAACCCUGCAGUUGCAUCCAAAACACAAGUAUUCACCUUUACAUUUAUGCAUUUAUCCCCUCAUAAAAGGCUAAUCUCUGUAAUCUACUGGCAUGUGUGAGCUAAUUUGUGUCCCUACAAUGAAAGUAAUAAAAGCACACACACAUCAUGCCUCUCAUUUUCACCAAGGAUUUAUAUCAAUGCCAGCUUUCUCGCUCCUAAAAUAUUGGAAACUACAGUGGCCAACGUGUGCGUCUGCGCGAGUGGAUGUGUGAGUGCGUGUAUGAGUCUUAGUUUGGAGAGUGAAGAGUGUAAAUGAUGUGUCUGGGAAACCUGCAUCGAGACGUCAACACACACACAGGCUCACACAAGUUCCUUCCAUCCAGCUGGGUUUCUCGCUGGGAGAUAUGCAACCCAGUUCAUCGCCAGACAGACGGGUAAUAUAUGGCCCCUGCACACACACAGACACACACAUGCAGAAACACACACAAUCUCUCAAACAAAUACAUAACCACAUUAGGACUUUUUUUUUUUUUUUUACAGAACUAACACAGCUGUCUGCAUGUUCCUCACUUACUUUUCUCUCUCCACAGCCUCUGUCGUAUUUGCAUUUUGUUUGGAUGGUUCUUCUACAAAUCACUGAGAUAACUGAGCUGGUGAGUAAGGUGACAAGGAAACAAGGAGACAAGGAAUUGAGGAAGAAAAAGAGGAGACAGACAUUCCAUCACAGCCCCUGUGGAGCUGCAGCGGGGACGAGCCGACCAGCCGUGAUUUCUUAUCGUGGAGGAAGGCUGAGCAGCGAGCAGUGCGCAGGAAUGACUCUGCUCAGAAGGCUUCUAAUUAUCCUGUAUGCAGCAGCUGUGUGCACAGGUGUGGGGGGCGCAGAGGUUGACAACGUGUCGUCAGAAAUCUGUCGUCACCCCUGUGAGGAUCUGGUGGGUUUGAUCACAGAGAUCCACGGCCUGCGUAUCGUCACCGGCAACCUGCUGGACGACCUCGACAGAGUUUUAAAAGAAAAUGAGGAGAUGCGCCUUACUUUGGCAGAGCUGACCAACAGUAACAGCAUCGACAACAGCAACGAUGAGUAUAACAACAGCAACAACAACAACAACAGUGACAACAACGGACACAGCAUCAGCCACAUCACCGGCGAUGUCAACGAAGUGGACAGCAACAUAGACUGGGAACAUGUUUGUAUUAAAGAUGGAAGGGUUUAUGUCCAAGGGGAGGAGUGGGAUGCCGACAGCUGCACCACCUGUGGAUGCCUGGAUGGAAAGGUGGUGUGUCAGCAGGAGGCAUGUCCUCCAGUCUCCUGCAUCAAUCCCACUUUUAUAGAUGAAAAGUGCUGCCCGGUUUGUCUCGAUAAUGAGGACGGCUGGUCUCCAUGGUCUGAGUGGACUCACUGUACCGUCACCUGUGGGCGUGGGGGGCAGCAGCGAGGCCGGUCCUGCAACGGUGUCAUGUCGUCCUGCGCCGGCCCGUCGGUCCAGACCCGAAGCUGCAUGUUGAUGAAGUGUGACCGUAAGAUGCGCGCUGAUGGGAACUGGGGCCACUGGUCGCCCUGGUCUGCAUGUACAAUCACAUGUGGAGAGGGAAACAUCACUCGUGUUCGUCUAUGUGACAACCCUCCGCCGCAGAAAGGUGGCAGAGGAUGCACCGGCAGCGCCAGGGAAACGCAACCGUGCAACAAUACACUCUGUCCGAUUGCUGGAGGCUGGACGAGCUGGAGUGAGUGGUCAUCAUGUUCACAGUCCUGCGGCGGCGGCCUCUCCAUUCGCCAGCGGGAGUGCUCCAACCCCACCCCUCGGCACGGCGGGAAACCUUGUGCUGGAGAUGCUGUGGAUUAUGAGGCAUGUAACACACAACCAUGUCCUAUAGACAUUUGUUUGCUGUACCGUCCCUGUUUUUCUGGGGUGAAGUGCACAUCGUACAGUGAUGGAUCAUGGGAAUGUGGUCGCUGCCCGUUGGGUUUAAAUGGAAAUGGAACUCAUUGUGAAGAUGAGAACGAGUGUGACGUGGAGGGUGUGUGUGUCACAGAAUGUGUGAACACAGAUCCUGGUUUCUACUGUCUGCCUUGUCCUCCUCGAUAUAAAGGCACCCAACCAUUCGGUCUAGGACUGGAGGAAGCCCAGGCCACGAAGCAGGUGUGUGAGCCGUACAAUCCCUGCAAAGACAACACACACACUUGUGAUAAACAUGCAGAGUGUAUAUACCUGGGCCUGGCGUCUGAGGUUCUGUACAAGUGCACAUGCGCUGUUGGCUAUGCUGGUGAUGGCUUCCUGUGUGGCGAGGACUCUGAUCUGGAUGGCUGGCCCAAUAAUGGACUGACCUGCAAACAGAACGCAACAUAUCACUGUCAAAAGGAUAACUGCCCCAUGCUUCCAAACUCUGGACAGGAAGACCUGGAUAAUGACGGAAAGGGAGACGCCUGCGAUCCUGACGACGACAAUGAUGACAUUAUAGAUGAGAGAGACAACUGCCCCCUGGUGUACAACCCUCGGCAGUUUGAUUCGGACAGGGACGGGGUCGGGGAUCGCUGUGACAACUGUCCCUUCGAGAGUAACCCACUGCAGACGGACACCGAUGACAACGGAGAGGGAGACGCCUGCAGCAUUGACAUCGAUGGAGAUGAGGUUCUGAAUGAUCGUGACAACUGUCCGCUAAUCUACAACACUGACCAGAGGGACACAGACCUGGACGGAGUUGGAGACCAGUGUGACAACUGUCCUCUCCUGCACAACCCACGACAGAUCGAUUCUGACAGCGACCUGGUGGGGGACAUGUGCGAUGACAACGAGGACAUCGACGAGGACGGCCACCAGAACUCGCUCGACAACUGUCCUUACAUCGCCAAUAGCAACCAGGCUGACCACGACAAGGACGGGAAGGGUGAUGUCUGUGACCAUGACGACGAUAACGACGGUAUCCCUGAUGACAGAGACAACUGCAGGCUGGUUCCCAAUAGGGACCAACUGGACUCUGACGGUGACGGCAGUGGAGACGCUUGUUUCGAUGACUUUGACAACGACAAUAUCCCCGAUGCCUUGGAUCCUUGUCCGCUCAACCAGGACAUCGGGUCUGUAGACUUCAGGAAGUUCCAGGUGGUUCUGCUGGACCCUAAAGGCACCACCCAGUCAGACCCUCUGUGGGUGAUCCGCAGCCAAGGCACCGAGCUCCUGCAGACGGCCAACUCAGAUCCUGGCAUCGCUUUAGGAUUUGAUAAGUUCAGCGCUGUCGACUUUAGUGUGACGUUUUAUGUGAAUACCAACCGAGAUGACGACUACGCCGGUAUCGUGUUCGCAUAUCAGUCCAGCAAGCGAUUCUACGUUGUCAUGUGGAAACAGGUGUCUCAGGCCUACUGGGAGAAGAGGCCGUCCAAAGCCUUUGGCACAGCAGGAAUCUCCAUCAAGCUGGUCAAUUCCACCACCGGACCUGGAGAGUAUUUACGGAACGCCCUGUGGCACACGGGAAACACAAGGAACCAGGUUCGAACAUUAUGGCAUGAUCCCAACAAAAUCGGAUGGAAGGAUUUCACGCCGUACCGCAUGCACCUCAUUCACAGACCUAAGACUGGGUUCAUCAGGAUGGUGGUGUACGAGGGCAGGGACAUCCUGUCGGACUCAGGGGCCGUGUACGAUCACACCCUGGCCGGAGGUCGACUCGGCCUGUUCGUCUUCUCCCAGGAACAUGUUCUGUUCUCUGACCUCAGAUACGAGUGCAGAGAUAACUGAUGUAUUUUUGCUGGAAUGUUGAAGAAAUUCUACAAUAUCCAAACUGGAAAUCUGCAUUAAUUAUGUAAAGAAAUGAGAGAAGAUGCACCAGACCCAGGCCUUUAGCCAUCAGUUAGUGACUGUCAUCUAUCUAUCAGCUUUUUAUGCAACACUAUUGAUUUCCAUCUCUGUUAAUUACUGCAGGACUCUGACGAAACCUCCAACGACAGCAGCUUCUUGUUUCUCUUCCUCCGUCGGUAACACUUCAUAUUAAGGUUCACACAUUCACCAUUAACUGUAGGUUUAUUAGUUUAUUAUAUUAGAAGCAUUUUAGCUCUUUGUAAGUCCUUAUGAAGCAUUUAAAAAGCGCAAGACAAAUCAGUUAACAUUAAAAUAUCACUGACGUGUUUUAGGAUAAGUUUGGCCUUAAAUUCCAGAUUUAUUCCUUAAUUGAUUCAAGUUUCAUGCUCAGUUUGAGAAAAAAAAGGAUGUAAAAACCAAAAUGAAAUAACCUGCUCUAUCAUGAAACAGUCUUUUCCUCUUUAACAGCACUUGAUAAAUAUGACUUAUUCUUAUUUAAUAAGACUUUAAGUGUCUAAAUGACUACAGUUAUUAUCUAUGUCUGAAUAUCUCCUCAUUUUACAAAAGAGAAGGGAAAAUUAUCAAUUAAUUACCUGACUGUAGAAUAUUAUCACAUGAUAAUAAUGACAAUGAUAAUGAUCAUUAAAGAGCCAAUAUGAUACUAAUAUAUCUACUAAAAAGCUGCUAGUUAAUGGUGAAUGUUUUUCUUCAUGUAAAUCAUUUUGCUUCUUUUCUCUAAUGGAUGUAAAUAUUUAUUUAUUGCACAAAUGUCCUGGAUAAAGAGAGGACACAUGAUGAUGAGUGAAAUGUUGGAAAUAGAAACGCACCGUGCAUUUGCUUGGUUGUAAUUAUCAAUAAAAGACUCUUUUUUCAAUA